AGGGCGGCAAAGCGCGGAGCUGCGCGACGUGCGCCAGUUCUACAGCGGCAAAGGCUUCACGUUAAAAGGCGUCCCGCGGUCCGAGAUAUCAGGCGAACAUCUUCGCACAUGCCCACAAGGUUACACCUGCUGCACCAUUGCCAUGGAGGAGACGCUGUCGAAUCUGAGCCGCCAAGAGUUUGAAGGCCUGGUUAGGGAAGCAGGACAUUCCAUUCAAGCCUCGCUGAAUGCCCAGUACAGGACCUUCGACACAUAUUUUCUGGAACUCCUAAAUGGCUCUGAACGGUGGUUAGAAGAGGCCUUUGUGGCCUCUUUGGGGGAUUUGUACCAGCCUAAUGCGAGAGUAUUCCGUGAUCUUUACGCUGACCUGCGUCGAUAUUACACUGGUACCUCCCUGAACCUCGAGGAGGUCUUGGACGAGUUCUGGAUGAGGCUCCUGGAGCGUCUUUUGAAGGCAUCUGACCCUGAGACCACCUCCCUGCUCUCUGACGACUUCCUGGAGUGUGCCUCUAAGCAGACUGAAACCCUGCGUCCUUUUGGAGACGCUCCACAGGAGCUGAAGACCAAGCUGAUGUGGGCAUUCAUUGCUGCUCGGGCAUUCGUCCAGGGCCUUAAUGUGGCUGGAGAGAUUGUACGGAAGGUGUCUCAGGUUCCUUUGAGCCUGGAGUGUAAUCAUGCCAUUAUGAAACUGGUGUACUGCCCUCAUUGCCGAGGUCUGGGAUCAGUCAAACCUUGCGUCAACUACUGCAAGAACGUCAUGAAGGGCUGCCUGGCUAAUCAGGCUGACCUGGACACUGAGUGGCAGAGCCUUAUAGAAACCAUGCUACAGGUGGCCUCCAGUUUUGGUGCAGAGCCCAGUAUGGACACGGUGAUUUAUUCAAUUCCUGUGAAAAUCUCAGAGGCUGUUCUCGCCAUGCAGGAGAACAUGGAGAUCUAUACCAACAAGGUUUUCAAGGCCUGUGGGGACCGUGGUGAGGAAGGAACACCGAGCUCAAUAUCUGAGGAGCCGAAAAAGAAAGGAAGUACAGUUACUGCCCUGGAAUACAAACCCAGCUCCAAAUCUGCAGCAAGACUGGAGGUCACAGACGUGUCCAGUAAACUGAAGGAAAUGCAGUUUUACUGGAUCCAACUCCCUUCGGCUCUGUGCAGCGGUAAAACAGCAUCUUCAACCAGCCGUGACAAAUGCUGGAAUGGCCUCACAAAAGCCAGUUACCUCCCAGAGGUCAUGGGUGAUGGGCUGGCCAAUCAGAUUAAUAACCCAGAGGUAGAGAUCGACAUCACCAAGCCCGACAGCACUAUACGUCAACAGAUCAUGCUGCUGAAGAUCAUGUCAAACCGCCUGAAAAACGCACUCAAUGGCAAUGAUGUAGAUUUCCAAGACACAAGUGAUGAUUUCAGUGGCUCAGGAAGCGGCAUGUGUGCAGAUCACCUGUGUGAUCGUGGUAGACCUCCAGUCUUUGGGCCGAAAACAGACAGGCCUAGACUCUAUUCUUAUGUCCCUGAAAACAGAAGAGUCAAAGGAUCCGGGAACCAGAUUCAGCCUUCCGUCGUUUUACUGGUUCUGUUUCUCGUGACUCUACUGCUGAGACGAUAAUGGAGACGCUAAAUCGAACUUUGGGAUCUGGGUCAGGAAAGGGAUAGGACAAGGAAUGUUUCAAAAGAAAAAGAAUAGAUAAAAUGAAAAAAGGUGAGCUUAAAAAUUGCCAAAAGAAAAAAAAAGAAACCUUUUGGGUGAAUGGACAUUUUAAUUCCUCUAGAAUACGACAUGAGAAUAAGUGGAAAAAGAAGUUUGUUUCUGUGUAUUUUUAUGUGACUUGUUACAUCAAUUGACAUCUUGCUUUUUUAUUUUUACCUUUGAAUGUAAAAAGAUGAACUGGACAGGAUGAAUGCCGGUGCAGAUUUACAAUAUGAGGUUCUCGGCUACCUAAGCGACUUUUAAAGCUUUUAAAGUGACAGUCACCAAGUCACCUCGUGUUUCAUUUAACCACGCUCGAGUCACGCAAGUUUGUCUUUGCACAACUGUUCUUUUCGUCUUAAAUAUUUCAGAGAUGGACAUAAAAACAAAAAUAUACAUCAGUCUGAUCCCUUUUAGAUUACAAAAUGUAUGAACUUUGGCAUGGACAUGAAUCGAAAUACAGAAUUGCUGAAUAUC